AUAAGAAGCUUAGGUCGUCACCGGAGCCUUAGUGACAGGUUAACUAGUGCUUGUUAAACAUGAAGAGCUUUGGGUGUUUUGUCUUACUCGGUGCAGUUAUUUUUACUGCUCAAGCCCAAGAAAAUUUCAAAUGUCCCGAUGACUUUGGAUUCUACCCGCACCAAAGGUCUUGUGACAAAUACUGGAAGUGUGAUAACAACAUUGCAGAACUGAAAACUUGCGGAAACGGUCUUGCUUUCGAUGCCAGUGACUCCAAAUUCUUAACCGAAAACUGCGAUUACCUACACAACGUUGACUGCGGCGACAGGACCGAAUUAGAGCCCGCAAUUUCAACCCCACACUGUGAACGUCUCUACGGCAUUUUCCCCGAUGAAACAAAAUGUGAUGUUUUCUGGAACUGUUGGAACGGUGAAGCGUCCAGAUAUCAAUGCUCACCCGGUCUUGCGUACGACAGGGACGCCCGGGUUUGUAUGUGGGCUGACCAAGUUCCCGAAUGUAAAAACGAAGAAGUUGCAGGGGGUUUCAACUGCCCUGGCGCAGGCGCAGUGAGCAAUGUUGGUAGCUUUUCUCGACACGCUCACCCCGACGAUUGCCGUAAAUAUUACAUUUGCUUGGAAGGUCAAGCAAGAGAAUACGGUUGUCCAAUUGGUACCGUUUUCAAAAUUGGAGACGCCGACGGUACCGGAAACUGCGAAGAUCCCGAAGAUGUACCCGGAUGUGAAGACUACUACGGUGACUUGGACUUGAAGAGCAUUAGGAAGAGUGAACUUUUAGCCGGUCUUUCAAGCAGCAGUAGCGGCGGUGGUUCGUCGAAACCAGCCGCUAAGGCACCCCUCAAGCCCAGGCCGCAAGUCCCACGUGGAACCCCGGAACCCGCAGGAAAUUAAAAGAGACACAACAAAAAAGUCAUAUACAUUAUACACACAUAUUCACAUCGUAAUAAUAAUUUACGUCUUUCUAUCAUCCGUAAGAACAUUCGAGCAGUGAUACCAAAUUAUACGUAGAAUUAUCAUUUAAUUAAUGAACGCCAUAAUAAACUCUAAUUAUGUUAAUAAUAAUGUUGUUGAACAUUAAAAACAACGUGAAUUGUGUCAAUAUAUGUAUCCUGUUUGGGAGAACGAACUCAACAAUUAGAUAGUAACAAAAAAAAAGUACGUAAUUGUUGAGGUUUCGAAAUGAAAAUGUGUGAGGAUUUGGCAGAAUGUCGUGCGAAAAGCAGAACUUGUAAUAUGACUUUGAAUCUAGGGAGAUUUACUUUAACUUUUUCGAGUUAUACUUCUUUUGGCAUAUUGAGAGCGAGGUUUUAGCAUGCAACGGAAGUUGCCCGCGCAGCAUGCGACGUAAAUUGCGCGCGCAGCGUGUAACUUCUAUCGGCAUCUAUCAGCCAUCAACUGUAAACACUGCUUGUAUAAAAAAGUACAUAAUUAUUACGUACUUACAGAACGGCUAUGUAAAAAGAAGUAUAACAAGUAUAUACAUACUUUUUUUUUAUUUUAAUACGUACAUAUUCAAGUUCUAACACGUUAUUUUGGUACGAGAUUCUGCACACGUCUGCUAUAAUAGUUUCAAUUACGUAUAUAAUGAUUUUUUUUAAGCGGUACAAACAACUAUUAUAAUUGAUGUUUUUUUACAAAAAAAAAUAAACGUUACUUUAAUAAA